AUGUCCUUCAACCUGGGCAGUGGCCUGUUCCUCCUGUCGCCGGCGGACAACGUUUUCACGGCCAUCGGCUGCAGUCUAGAGGCGAGGCUCAACGGCCGCAUCGGCUCCGCCUCCGCCAACCGCUACCUCACGGGCUGCAUCACGACCUGCACCAGCGUGGACCUGGACGAUAUCGGGCAGGAAGGCGCGCCGUGCAGUGGCCAAGGCUGCUGCCAGGCCUCCAUUGCUCCCGGCCUCAGCUAUGUUGCAUCACGCUGGGGCAAGGACAAGCAGAACAACAAUCCAGUGCCCGACAACACAUGCCAAUAUGCCUUCGUGGCCAAGAAAGGCUGGUACAAUUUUAGUCAAUCAGACCUCGUCGGGAAGAAUUUUGCCAACAAACUUGUCAAGGGCACGGUCCCACUUGUUCUUGAUUGGGCCAUCAGGAACGGGAGAUGUCCGUCGCCACAGCACAAUGGCAACAAGGAUAUUCCCUAUGGAGUCUGCAUUAGCACCCACAGCUACUGCGUUAAUUCCAGUAAUGGCCGAGGCUACUUCUGCAAUUGCAGCGAGGGAUACGUCGGCAAUCCCUACGAAGGCAACGGAUGCAAAAAUAUUAAUGAGUGUGAGCCAUCGACGUGGCCAAAGUCAAUAAAGUACGGAAACUUAUUUCCUUGUCAUGGUGGGAAAUGCCGCGAUGUGGAUGGUGACUAUGAAUGCAAUUGCAAUUUUGGACGAAGAGGUGACGGUAAAAGUGACAAGGGUUGUGAACCUGUAUUGUCCUCAGCUGCAGUUGUCGUGAUAGAUGCUCCCUUUUACCUCGCAGAAGGAACAAUUAGUGCCAUAUUCAUAUCAGCAUUACUACUGCUAUUCGUACAUAUGGAGCAUGAGAAAAGAAAGCUUAGUGAUCGUUACAACAUGAAUGGCGGAAAGUUGCUGAAAAGCAUCAAGAUCGAGAUUUUCAAAAAGGAGGAGCUAGACAAAAUAACCAAGAAUUAUAGUACUAUAAUAGGAAAAGGUGCCUUUGGUGAGGUCUACAAGGGAACUACUCGUGAAUACAUGCAGGUUGCGGUCAAACGCUCCAUUGCAAUCAACAAGGAUCGCCAGAAGGAUUUCGCCAAUGAGAUUCAAAUCCAGUCACAAAUAAGUCACAAGUAUCUGGUCCAACUGUUGGGGUGUUGCUUGGAGACAGAAGUUCCUAUGUUGGUCUAUGAGUUCGUGCCAAGGGGAAGCCUCUACGACGUUCUUCAUGGCAAGAAUGGCAAUAUGAGAAGAGAUCCUAUCUCCCUACGAGCACGCCUCGACAUUGCCAUCUGCUCCGCGGAUGCCCUUGCAUACAUGCAUUCACAGGCGAGUCAGAAGAUCCUACAUGGAGAUGUGAAAUCCGGAAACAUCCUCCUUGAUGAUGAGUUCAUGCCUAAGGUGUCGGACUUCGGUACGUCGAGGCUUAUGUCCAUUGAAAAGGACCACACCAAUUGGGUGAUCGGGGACAGUAGCUACAUCGACCCCGUGUAUAUGAAGACUGGACUCCUCACAGAGAAAAGCGAUGUGUACAGCUUUGGGAUCGUGGUGCUGGAGCUCAUUACGCGGAAGAAGGCAAGGUAUGAUAGGAACAACAGUCUUCCAUUAAACUAUAUCAAGGCUUCCAUGGAAGGGGCUACAGGGCAGAUGUAUGAUACAGAGAUUCUGUCCAGCGGGGAGGAUGUGAAGUGCCUCGGCGAGGUUGGACUGAUCGCGCUGCAAUGCCUCGAAGUUGAUGUGGAUGACAGACCGACCAUGACCGAAGUCGCGGAGAAGAUUAAAAGGUGUAAGAGUCGGUGGCUGCAAAGCCAUUGGCAUGGGAAGACCAAAGCAUUGUGA